GCAUAAUGUCUUGCCAAAUCGGAAUAGUCCGUUUACUUGGAUUUCUUAUCCUCUUGUCGGUAUCCUUAACCCAGGCAACACUUCGAAAACGCGCCUUGCCUGCAUCUGCCACCGCUUCUCGAUUCAGUUCUAGAAUAGUGGGUGGAGAAACCGCUGAUGUUGCCACUGCACCAUAUCAAGUCUCUUUGCAGAACAACUACGGAAAUCACUUCUGCAGCGGUGCGAUCAUCGCCGAUCAAUGGGUAGUAACGGCUGCCAGUUGUCUGGGUGGUCUACGUAAGAGCAAUAUUAUGGUGGUUACCACCACCUACAACGAUUGGGGUGGAGCAGGCUGGAUCUAUGAUGUGGAAGAUAUUGUUACUCAUUGUCAUUUCGAUCAACCUCUUUACCACAAUGACAUUGCCUUGAUAAAACUAAAAACACUGAUUGCCUAUGACGAUGUGACACAGAAUAUCACCCUUGCCGGAUUGGAAGAGCUGGUGGCUGGUGAGAAGUUAACGGUAACUGGUUGGGGUACCACGACCAUUGGUGGCGAUAUGGAAUGGGAGCUGCAGCAAUUGGAAAUGACCUAUGUGCCUAGAGAGAGUUGUAAUGCAACUUUUGGUGGCACUCAAGAUCUAGCUAUUGGACAUAUUUGCGCUGUUGCCAGAGUUGGAGCUGGCUCCUGCCAUGGUGAUGCUGGAAAUCCUAUAGUCGAUAGCAAGGGCAGAUUGGUGGGUCUGGGUAACUGGGGUGUUCCUUGUGGGUAUGGUUUUCCUGAUGUAUUUGCUAACAUUCCGUACUUCUACGAUUGGAUUCAGGCCACCAUCAAUGGUUGUAAUAUUAAGUAAGCAAUAAAUCGAUAAAGAAGACCUCAUCCAUCUCA